AUGCGUCUACACCGAGCAACGCCCCAGGAAGUGCGGAAGUACUGGGACGAAGACUACGUCAGGGCCCUCGAGGCACAGGUCCAGUCUCUGCUCUUGGCCCUGGAAAAGCAAGGUGCCGAGAGCGAGCCGUCGCCGGCGGCGCUGUCUCUGAGUGACCGAGCGUCUCGGUCAGUAGAGCCCGAUGCCGGUCUCGGGGAAGAUGUCGCCGGAGGUGAUGCCGUAGAUGAAGAAGAUGAAGAAGAAGAAGCAGAAGAAGAGAACUUUGUCAGCGGCAACCACACCAACACCACUGCGACCACCGCCGCCAACAACGUCUUCUCCCUCGGAGACGGCCGUGUCGCCACCGGCAAGGGCCCCGGGGCGAUGACGGCGACGACGACGACGACGACGACGACACAGGAGAGAUCCCAAGCGGCCAUGGAGGAGCUGUGCGUGAUGCUCUGGCGGACCAACGUCGGCGACGGCGUGACCAUCAUCGACGACCCGAAGACGGGGUCCCGCUACUCGGUCGACCCGGUCCUCCAACAGCCGGCGCCGGCGCCGGCGCCGGCGCCGUCGCAGCCGCCCCCGGCGCACCACCGGGCGGCGGUGGUCACGCCGCCGGAGCAGAUCCUCGCGUACUGCCGCCAGCAGGGCCUCGUGCACGAGAUGGCGGACCUGUUCCUGGCCAACAUCAACCGCGAGCACCAGUUCACGCCGUACACCACGACGGCCGACUUCCUGCCCGGGUACCCCUACCAGGCGCCGGACGAGGCCUUCUUGCACAGCGCCAUCAUCGCCACGGGCACGGCCUUCUCGUCCCGGCCCGACGCCCGGGUCGUCGGCGACGCCUUCGCCGAGUUCGCCGAGGGCCUCGUGCUGACGUGCUGCCGGCAGAACCCGACGGUCCGGGUCAUCCAGGGCCUCUCGAUGAUGUCGUGGCGCUCGCUCGCGCUGGGCCGCGACCACUUUGGCUGGAUGUUCAUCUCCAUGGCCGCCGGCAUGUGCGUCCACCUGCGGCUGCACGUGCUGGCCCUCGACGAGUGCACGGCGCGGCAGCUCGAGGCCACGGAGCAGGAGGUCCGCACGUUCUGGAUGUUCUACAUCAUCGACCGCACCGCCAUCUCCAUCCUCGGCCGCAACUGCGCGCUGCCCUGGCGCCGCGUCAACGUGCCCAGCUUCGACACCACCUUCGAGAGCUCGACGGCCGACCUGGCCCAGGUCUCGUUCGCCUGGCAGUGUAGGCUGUGGUAUCUCCAGGACCAGUACAUGGACCAGGUCUUCUCGACGACCUUUGAAUCCCUACCGAUCCCGCAGCAGGUCCGGGUGCUCGUCGCGAGCCAGGACGCCCUCAGCACCUUCUUCCGCUCCCGCGACGACCGCCUCCAUCUCUCGGGCGACUCGACGCCCAAGCCCGUCCUGCAGUUCCACCUCGCGUACCAGAUGACGAUCCUCAUCACGAUGCCGCCCUUCCUGCGCAUCUUUGCCGCCAUCUCCCAGACACCGCCGGCGGGGGGCAGCAGCAGCGGCAGUAGUAGUAACAGUAACAUCAACGGUAACAUCAACAACGGUAACACCAACAACGACACCAACAGCAUCAUCAUCAUCACCCUCAAAACUCCGAGUUCAUGCUCCUCGUCCUCCGCUCCCUCACCGCCGCCGCCACCGCGACCUCCCGCCUCGCGCGCACCUACCGCCGCGCCCACGGCUUCGACACGCCGCCGAACCCGCGCCGCCAUCGUCCACCUCAUGAACGCCACGAGCUGGACGCCCGCCCUGCGCCACCAGAGCACCUACUGGCUCCGCCAGUGCCUCGAGCUCCUGCGCGAGCUGCAGACGCCCUGGCCCGUCCGCGCCAUCAAGAGCAUCAAGAUCAUCCGCGUGCUGGCCCAGCGCUGGGGCGUCGUGAGGGCGCUGCCGCUGGAGUUCAGCUACCAGGUCGAACCACCACCGGCGCCACCGGCACCAGCAGCAGCAGCAGCAGCAGCGAUGGCGCCGGAGGCCCAGGACGACUACGGCGUGGAGGCCAUGAGACGGAGUGGAGCAGCGGCGGCGGCGGGAGGGGUCCUCGGGCUGGAUCAGGGGGCUGUUGACCAGGUCCAGCUCGAGUACGAAUGGGACGGGUACGCGGCCGGGGGGAACGCGGUAGACGCGCCGGCCAUGGACCUCGGCGCGCUGGGCGUCGAGUCCUUUGCGGCGAUGGGGGGCCUCGACAUGUCCGCCUUGGGCGGAGAACGUGCCAACGCCGUCGGCGGCGCCAUCGACUUCCUCCAGGCGUUCCAGGGUCUGACGGACUGCGACAACUUCAACUGGCUAUCAACCAACAACAGCAACAACGGGCUGUGA